AUGACGCAGUUCGGGUCUCUCCAAACCAUCUUUCGGGGCUUCGUCCUCACGGUCCCAUGGGUCUUCUCUCUCUUCGUGGCUGACAUCGCCCUGUCGCUCUUGUUGCCACUGAAACUCGUCUCGCCUCGCCGUGUGUAUGAUGCAUCCUCCAGCAUCGCCCUGUCCAUUUGGUCCUGGGUACAGGCCAUCUUCGUCCGCGUGAAUGGGGCUCACAUCCGCAUUUCUGGCGACCUUCUUCCUCCGGGCGAGUCAGCGAUCGUCGUAGCCAACCAUGUGGCCUGGUCCGACUUCUAUCUCAUCCAAGCCCUGGCCCAGAGAUCUGGCAUGCUGGGGCGAUGCCGGUACUUUGCCAAGGCUCAGCUGCGCAUGGUGCCCUUCCUUGGAUGGGGGCUUUGGGCCAUGGGGAUGCCUCUAGUGACUCGCAACUGGCUCAAAGAUAAGACCGAGCUGGACAAUGUGUUCUCCAACAUCGUUCAGAGAGCCUUUCCGACAUGGCUUAUCAGCUACAGCGAGGGUACUCGUUUCACAAAACGCAAGUACGACGAAUCGCUGGACUUUUGUAAGACGGGAGGUCGGCGGCAGCCGAUGCAUCUGCUCUACCCGCGCACCAAGGGCUUCAUAACAACUGUGCAGCACCUUAGAAAGGCGCCGCACGUCAAGGCAGUGUAUGAUUUCACCAUUGCAUAUCAACAUCAAGGGUCAUUUCAGAAGGCACCCUCUAUUUGGGAAACACUCAGCGCCCCGGAAAUAAGCGACGAAAGCGGAUACAAGUUCCACGUGCGGGCUCGGCGAUUCCCUAUUGAUUCCCUCCCUACUAAGGACGAGGACCUGGCAACAUGGCUAGAACAGCUCUGGAUAGAGAAAGGGGAGUGGCUCGAAGAACAGAGACAAGAAUGGGCA